UGCCAGCAACGAAGACACAAGAAAAACUCUCAACAUUCAGCUGUGCAAUUCAGAGUCACCAUUUUGCCAUGCCACGGUCGUUCCUCGUCAAGAGCAAAAGGACUCAUCUCCUUGGCCCAUCUAAGGACUCCUUUAGACAACACUCCCAGCCCCAAACAGACACUGAACAGCCUGUGCAACAUGCAGUGGGACGGGACAGGAGGUAUCCUGAAGAUGUUGAGCAGCAUUUCUCCCCCAUGUUAGGGGUCAAAGAUCUCCUGGCAGAAGCCUGCUCACCGUGGGAUGGGAUGGCAGCCCAAGGUCAAAGUGCCCUAACAGAUGAUACUUGGCCUUCAGCCCCUGUGGAGAGCAGAGACACUCCUCUGCCGGUCUCAGUGGACAGACACCAGGCAUCUGAAAGAGAGAGAGAACUGGAGAAAUUGGUCUUCAUGCUACUCAACCACACAUCCCACACUGACCUCAGAUCCCCUGUCAGUGAAUGUCCGCUCUGUGAAAAGUCUCUUUCAGAAGCGCUUAUUUCAGGAAAUGGCCUGCAGGCCCACGUUUGCAACACCUUCUCUGUCCCAUUGAUUAGAUCACCCACAGCCACGACCAAUCUGCCAUUUGGCUUCAAAGCAAUUGGCAGCUGUGGAAGAGCUAAGGAACGUAGCUUUGGCUGCAAGGUGUGUGGAAAGGUGUUCAAGCGUUCGUCCACCCUGUCCACACACCUACUCAUCCACUCAGACACGAGGCCCUACCCCUGCCAGUACUGCGGAAAAAGGUUCCACCAGAAGUCAGACAUGAAGAAACACACUUUCAUACACACAGGUGAGAAACCACAUGUGUGCAAGGUCUGCGGUAAAGGAUUCAGCCAAAGCUCCAACCUCAUCACCCACAGCCGAAAGCACAGCAGCUACCGGCCUUUCAGCUGCGCCUGCUGUCAGCGCAGCUUCCAGCGCAGGGUUGACCUACAGCGCCACCAAGAGACGGAGUGUGGUUAUGGAGACAUGUACACUCGCAGCUGAAUCUGUGAAGCAAUGACGUGAUGGCAAAACUGGGUGAAAUGGCAUUUGUAAAUACUUUUUGAUCAUUAACAAUUGUAAAAAAACAACAACAAAUGCAUCAAGUAAAGACCUAAGGCUGAAAAUGUAAGAUAAAUAUUAAUAAAAUGUGAUUGUGUAAAUA